UGGCAGCGGCGGAGGCUGGAGCGGGAAGGAGAUAACUGUUGUAAUAAGUGCAGCUACGUAGACUAUUGUUUACUGGCUACCCGGGAGAACUGGAAAAGCUUUCAAACCUCAUAAUGAUGUGAAACUUAAAUAUAUGUAUCGCGUUAAUCUCCCUGCAAACGAAGGAGGAGUUUUUACGGCUGUUUGGUUAACUGUCAGCUUGCUAGAGUAGCUAACAUCCAGACUGAAACAUCUACAGGUGGAUUUUCCAGUAUCUAUCAAUGGCCUCCAAAGGUUGGCAGCAACCUUACGUGAACAUUUUCAAACAUGUCAAAGUUGAAGACUGGAGAAGGUCAGCAAAGGAGGGAGACGUGUCCUCAUACACGGACAAGAAGCUCAAGUGUACAGUGUAUCGAAUCAGAGGUCCUGUUCCUGCCAACAGCUACAUCCUGGUUCCCAAAGUCAUCAACCAGUCUCUGGGGCUGACAGGACACUUCUUCUACCUUCUCUUCAGACCCACCCCUGGCAAAUACUUUGUAGUCCACCUGGAUGUUGCUGCAGAGGAGGGCCAGGUGAUCCGGAUAUCCUUUUCCAACAUGUUCAAAGAGUUUAAAUCGACAGCUACGUGGCUUCAGUUUCCUUUCCUGUGCGGGGCUGCAAAGGAUUCAGUGUAUGAAAGCACUUCCAAAUCUGCAAAACAUGGCUUGGUGGGUCCAGCUCCCACCUCAGUGCGUUGGACCUGCCUGAUGCUGGAUCUGCAGUACACACUUUCCGUCUACCUCAACCGCUGCUACAGUCACCUGAAGAGCGUUAAGCUUUGUGCCAACAUGGCCGUGAAGAACAUGUUUACCACUGACCUGCUGCUAGAUCCAGGAAUUUCCUUCAGUGAAGCCAAGCUAAUGGGCCUGGCCUCUUCUCUGGGAACGGGCCCCAUGCCCAGAGAAAUGUCAUUUCCUGUGCCCAAGGGAGGCCACUGGCAUGACCUCUAUGAUUACAUCAAAUUUCCCUCGGGAGGAACAAAGUUACCAUUUGACUCCAUUCAAAAAGCCAGUCCACAGCCAGAGGCUAGAUCUGCCUCCAACCAAAGAAGCCCUGAGAGGGAGGGGUCUCGCUGUGUCAACCUCAGUAAAGCAGUUCAAGACCGCGUGUCGCUCAUCCAGCAAAUCACCAAUCCAAAACUACUGAAAAGGAAUCACACCCCUGUGGUAGCUAAUGUACCUGAGUUGGAUGUAGUCCCCAGAGACCUGCUCUCCCAUAGUGAUGACCAGCAGCAGGAGUCACCGUGCUCCAGUUCACAUCAGCUGACAUCCAGGCCACCCGCCGAUCCUGAUGAUGGCGGAGUUCAUGUGUAUGUGCAUCCCGAGGAUUUCUUCAGCCAGUAUGAAGGGGAAAGUGAAGAAGAGUUUGCGUGCACUCCAGCCCCCCGUCCUGUCUCCCUGCUGUCAUCCCACAAAACCAAACAGCAGAAGCUGCUGCCGGACCCCAUUCUCAGGCUCAGUCGAAUCAUCGGCUUUGGAGGAGCCACUACUAAAUGCGUGCUGUGGACCAAAUCUGGUGAUGCAGUGGUGUAUCCUUGUCAUGCAAUUAUCGUCUCCAUGAAGACAUCCUCUAAUCAGCAGAGGUUCUUCAUCGGCCACACCGAUAAGGUGUCUGCGCUGGCUUUUAACGGCAACACAACUCUCCUGGCUUCAGCACAAACCGGCAACAAUAGUGUAGUUCGAGUAUGGAACUACCACAAAGGGAACUGCUUGGCCAUGUUCAGGGUUCACGCUCAUUCAUUGUCCUGUCUUAGCUUCUCACGUGGCGGUGGCAUUCUCUGUGGAGUUGGGAAAGAUAACCACAACAAAACAAUGGUGGUGGUGUGGAACACUCUGAAUGUUGGUAAAGGUGGAGAAGUGACCAUCUUAGCCAAAGCACACACAGAUGUGGACAUUCACACCAUGAAGGUCACCUUUUUCGAUGACACAAGGUUGGUGUCAUGCGGUCGGGACAAUAUUCGUCUGUGGCGAGUGCGAAAUGGGAUGCUGCGCUCCUGUCCAGUCAGCCUGGGUGAAUACCACUCAAUGGACUUUACCGAUGUGGCCUUUGAGGAGGGAAGCUCUUCUGACCAGCAUCUUGAUGAUCGAACACUAUUUGUCAGCAGUCGGAGUGGCCACAUCUUUGAGAUUGACUACAGCAGGGUUGCCAUUAGAAAUGUGAGGAGACUAUUGCCUGCGCAGCAGCAGCAUGCAGACCGCAGGGAGAAGUGGAGUUUUAACACAGGUCCAGGCAUUGCCAUCAACAGCAUCAGUGUCUCCUCCUCAUUCUGUGCCACAGGCUCUGAAGACGGCUUCCUACGACUCUGGCCCCAUGAUUUUUCUGCCGUCUUCCUGGAGGCUGAGCAUGAGGGACCUGUGAGCGUGGUGUCAGCCUCAUUUGACAGCCUUCACGUCCUGGCAGCCACCUCUACUGGUAACCUUGGUUUCCUUGAUGUGAGCAGCCGUGGUUAUAACACACUGAUGAGGUCACACACAGACACUGUGCUUGGAUUCAGCAUAGACGGCGUUCAUCGGCAUCUCACAACAGCCUCGUCUGACGGCACAGUGCGCAUUUGGAAUAUGGAUUCUUUGCAUCAGUUGUAUGAUUUUGUGUCCGAGGACAGCCCCUGCUCUGUGGCCUUCCAUCCAAGUGAGCAGAUCUUCUGCUGUGGCUUCACCUCCGGCAUCGUCAGGGUUUUUGACAUCUCCAGUGCAAAGCUGCUGGCUGAACAUAAGCAGCACAGAGGUGAAGUGGUGGGUCUUGCCUUCUCUCCGGAUGGGGAGUUCAUGUACAGUGCUGACUCCCAGGGUUCUCUGGCACUUUAUAACUCCUCCGAGGAAGAUCACAAUGUGAUCAAAGUUGCGUGUAAUGUGGUGGCCCGUGGCACUGAGCGUGCUCCAGACGCUCUCUCAGUCAGCAGUGACAGCUGCUGUCUGGCCUUUGUUGGUCCCUCGGAGUACAUAGUUACCAUCGCUGAUGCACGAUCUCUCGAUGAGUUGCUACAUGUAGAUGUGAGUAUUUUGGACGUUGAGAGCUCCCGUCUGGAUUCUGCACUGAAGGUCUGCUUCUCUCCGGCCUCUACCGAACACUUGUUAGUUACCACAUCUGCUAACAAGAUCCUCUGGGUUAGCACUAAGACAGGCCGUCUGCUAAGAGAGGUUUCCAAGGUACACAAACACCAGUGCUCGUCUCUGGCUGUCAGUGAGGACAGUAGAUUCCUGCUGACAGCUGGACACAACGCUGUCAAAGUGUGGGACUACAACAUGCAGCACGAUGCAAACUCACAGAUGUUCAUCGGUCACAGUCAGCCCAUUCGCCAAGUCAGUUUCACUCCUGAUCAGCUGGGCGUAGUCUCGGUCGGAGACGCCAUAUUUCUUUGGGACUUCCUGGCAAAUCCAGUAGACUUUUUGACUGACAGCUGUUCACCUCUCAAAGUCGGCUACAUCUCGACUAGUAAAACAGACACUGAUGCAAGUGGAAUCCAGCUGUCCAAUGGGAUGCCUCGGCAGACAGCGCCCCUGCCUUCCUCACCACCACGACUUUACAUCAGCACCAUUGACCAAGUCGACCAAGAACCUUUGGGGUCCUUGUCUUUUUGUGAUGACACUCCAGUAAUCCCAGCCAUCCCAGCUGAGGAAUCUGGUCCAGGUUCUUCCUCUGGUCCUGCCACCUCCUUCCUCAAAGUCACAGACCUCCUCCACACGUCUCCCCUGAACACCAAUGAUAUGGACGCUGUUAAGUUGAAACAGAAGAAGCCUGUACGUCCAGAUUGUUACAGGCACUUCAUCCCACGUUUCAAGACCUCCUCUCUUGAUCAGGCUGUUGUAGCUCCACAACCACAAGAAGAGGGCAUAAAACUGAAAGCAGUUAUUGGCUACAAUGGCAACGGACGUGGCAACAUGGUGUGGAGCCCUGAUCAAGGUUUAUUUGCAUACUCUUGCGGCUGUGUGGUGGUGGUGGAGUACCUCGAUACAGGGCGCCAGAGACACUUUCAGGGCCACAGCGAGGAGAUCUCUUGUCUGGCAGUCACAAAUGAUGCGCAGUGUGGGGUGCAGCUGGUGAUGUUGCUGCAGACGGUGGCAUCGGCAGCUGGCGGCAGUAACGGCAACAAGAGCCUCAUCUGCAUUUGGGACAUACGGAAAGGAAUCUGUCGUAGCACCAUCUCCUACCACAGGGGGGCUGUCCAGUGUCUUGCUUUUUCCAGGGAUGACCGUUUUUUACUUUCUGUUGGAGACUUCUCUGACCCAGAGGUGGCUCUGUGGAGCACAAAGAACUUUAAGCUGUUGUCUAGCGUAAAUGUGUCAGGUCCAAUCCAUGAUGCCGCCUUCAGCCCUUCAACUCACAGCCAAAUGGCCUGUGUGGGAAGUCAAGGUGCUUACUUCUGCCUCAUCCACUCACAGGGCCUGGAUGUAGAGCUCAAGGUCCAGAGGGUGAAAGCACCUGUGGAGGUGGGUGAUGUGGAGCUGACUGCUCUUUGCUACCAUAGGGAGUCCUUAUUGUUCACUGGCACAAAUCGAGGACAUGUUUGCGUCUGGGACGUCGAUAUGCAGCGAUGCUUCAUGACCUGGGAAGCCGAUGAGGGAGAGAUCGGAGUCUUGUUGUGUCGAGGGAACCGUCUGUUGACAGGCAGCAACACCCGCUGGUUGAGGCAGUGGGAGGUAGAAGCUGUGCAGGACAUGAAGCCUCAGGAAAAGGUUUCCAGUGUAGAAGACAGUGGGAAAACCGUGGUGCUGGAACAAGAGGUAAUGCUGGACGGGACGAUAGUCAGUGCAGCGUUUGAUAACACAGCGGACAUGGGCAUCGUUGGCACCACAGCUGGAACCCUCUGGUACAUCAACUGGGCAGACAGCAGCAACAUCCGACUGGUCAGCGGGCACAAGACCAAGGUGAACGAUGUAGUUUUUAGCUUUGAUGAGAGCCAUUUUGCCACCUGCAGCGAGGACGGCAGUGUGAGAGUGUGGUCAACCUCGAGCUACGAACUGGUGGUGCAGUUCCAGGUUCUCAACCAGGCCUGCGGCUGUGUGUGCUGGAGCCCUUCCUCUAGUAAAGACAGCACAUGUGUGGCUGCAGGAUACAGUGAUGGAACCCUGAGGAUCUUCCGGCUCGCCUCGACAGAGAUGGAGCUGAAGCUUCAUCCCCAUCAGGUGGCUGUCACUGCCGUCCAGUACUCUGCUAACGCUCGCGUAAUCCUUUCAGCGGGGAAGAAUGGUUUGGUAGCUGUCAGCAGCCCAGUAGAUGGAGGAACUAUCCGUGUAAUCAGGGACCACAAAGGAGCGACGAUUACCACAAUUCAGUGUGUGCAUGAACAGUGUGAGAAGUUUGGACUGGAAGGAAACGAAAUGUGGUUGGCUGCCAGUGCGGACAGACGAGUCAGUGUGUGGGCUUCCGAUUGGCUGAAGGACAAAUGCGACCUGCUCGACUGGCUGACAUUUCCUGCUCCAGCCUAUUUUGCGGGUGACAGCCUGCCGCCCAGCUUGGCAGCCUUCUGUCCAGCAGACUGUAGCCUGGUGGUCUACACUGGCUACGGGGUGGAGAAAGAGCUGUCUUUUUACAGCCUGACUAAAAAACAGAUAAUAAAAAAGAUUGCCCUUCCACACUGGGCCACAUGCAUCAGCCUCUCUUCUAAGAGUCAACUGGUAGCUGUGGGAUCAAACGAGCGCGUGCUGAAGCUGCUCCAGUCAACCAACGGCAGGUUUCAGGACUUCUUGCAGCACAGCGACUCACUGCAGACCUGUCACUUCUCCCCCUCUGGGACGCUUCUCUUCUCUGUGGCUUAUAAUGAGAUCCUGCUGUGGGAGGUGAAGGGCCUCUGAAGGCCUCUGCUCUGUUGUUGUUUGAACCUCCAACACUGCAGAUUUAUCUUCUUUCACGUGUGCCUGGAUUUUAUUGUUACUUCAUGCAAUUGCAAUGUUUCAUAGAGUUUUUUUUUAAUCGGUUCAAUAUUUUUAGGAAAACCUUUUGUAAGGUUCGUCACAUUAGAGAUAUUCUCUUGCAUCUCUUGUCUGUUCUAACGUUUGAUUAUUUAUUUGAGGUUUUCUUAAUGUGAAUCAGAAUGUACAUGGAUGCUGAUUAAAGAUGAUUUCGUGUUUGCUCUU